AUGGCCUCUAAGGGUCAGGCCAAGCCGGGCGACUCCAAAAAAUUGAAAGCCAUCGCAUACAAUUGCAAGAACCCUUUGCACAAAGCCGAACUCGCGCGGCUGCUCAAGAUCGCGCGCGGCCCCAAGUACAACUUGACACAAUCCACCGACUUGUUGGCCUUCGUGACGUGCACCGAUCACUGGGCCUUGGCCAAAAGACGCGACGACCCACCGGUCAUAUUGUUCAGACGCAAGGCGCCCCAUGGUAGCAUUUCAACGAGAAUUAGUGAGACCUGCAAGCCGGAGGAGAGAGCGCCGGCCCGCGGCGCGGAGAAGUGGCACAAGGGCGUCGACGCCGCCGGCCCGGGCGAAAACUUGGUGGUAGCCGUCGUCUUCAACGACGGCAGCGACGAGGACACGUCGGACGACGGCACGGGCGCGGCUGUGCUCGCGUUCUGGUCAAAUCGAGGGCAGCCGGUCUGCUACCCGGUCCUGACGAAGCGCGCUCCUGUCUCAUUCGCCCCCGAAGCUAUGCGGGAGGACCUGGCGCGACGGCUCUUCCACGAAGCGCACGGCGACGCGCGCGAGCCGACGGCCGAAGACCUCGCAAGGUACGCGGCCGCGGUCACGCGGGCGGACUGCGAGGAAGAGGCGUUCACGCGGGCGCAUCGAGAGACGGUCGUCGCGCUGGCGCUGCACCCGGACCACGACGGCGCGGAGAACCGCCUCCCCGUGGGCACCGAGAAGGAGCGCGCCUUCAAGGCGUGGGUCAUCGAGGAGAUGGCGCGGCGGAAGGCGUCGGGCGGGCGCGUGCCGCGGGCCGCACCGGGAACCGGCGCGUAUAGCGCGCUGCGGCGCGGCCUCGGCCUCGGCCCGGGCAGUCAUCCCUGCCCGACCGACCCCGACAACUGGGUCGUGGUCGAGUACCGCGAGGGCCCGCGCGGCCGGCGCGAGCGCAAGGUCAAACGCUUCCGGCGCGACAAGAACGGCCUCGCCAGGGCGGCCGACCUCGUGCUGAAGAAGUGCGGCCGCGCGGUGCGCGACGCGGAGCUGCGGGAAAACCUCGCGGCGCGCAAGCGCGGCGUCAAGGACGGCCAGCUGCCGAACCAGCCCGGCAAAGGGGCGCUCGCGUCGAUGCAGGGCCGCCGCACCGCGCCGCUGCCGACGGCCGCGCCCGCCGCGCGCGCGCCGAUGCCCGCGGAAAGCGCCGCCACGUGGCGCUUCGAUUGCUUGUGCGGGGUGUCCGGCACGAACUACGACGACGGCAAGGCCAUGUGGGAGUGUCCGACGUGCAAAACGUGGCAGCACGCCGUGUGUGCCGCCGGCGCGGAAGACGCCGAGUGCCCCGAGGACUACGCGUGCUUCCGCUGCCGAUCCCAACAAGCCGAGGCCGCGGCACGCCGAGGUCUCGGCGCCGCCACCGUGCCCGAGCCCGCGCCCGCGCCGCGGCCGCCGCCGCGGCGCCGCGAGCCGCCCGCGCCGCGCGCGCCGCCCGCGCGCGCGCCGGCGUCCGCCACGUCGUCGCGGCGCCGCGGCGCCGCGGCCACGGCCGACGCCGCGCAUGCGCCUGCUCCUGCGCCGCCGCCGGCGCGGGGCCGCCGCGAGCCGACCCGGCGCCCGCGCGCGCGCGCAGCGCCGCCGCCGCCCCGAGACAAGACGCCGGGACGGAGGCCGACGGCAAAGCCUACGUCGUCCGCGAAGGCGGGGAGGAAGUCAAAGAAGCCCAAACCGUCUGGUGAAGGCAGCGACGGCGAGGACGACCCGGACGCCAUGCCCAUCUCGUCGCCGACGCGCGGCCGCGGCGGCGAUGGCGCCGUCGCCGGCGCGCCGGAAGCUGCGGCCAGCGCGCGGCGCCGCCGGCAGGCGCGCGGCGCCGCGGCAGCUGCCCCGGCACCGGCGGCCGCGUCGCCGCGCGGCGCGCGCGCACGCGGCGGCCGCGGCCGCGGUGCUACUGUUCAGCGGUCGCCGACGCCAUCGCCGAUACCGCCGCGCUCGCCGAGCGCAUCGAGCGAGUCGCGCGGCCGCCCGUCGAGCUCAAAGCGCAGCCGCCGCAAAAAGGCCGCGUCGCCGCCGCCGCCGCCGUCGGACGAGGACGCCUCCGACGGCGACAGCACCGAGUGCGACUGCUCCGACGACGACCCGGAGGAGCCCGCGCCGCUCCACCCGCCGCCGUCCAGCCGCUGUUACCGCGAUUACUGGGAACGGCUGCACCGCCGCCGCGCGUGGCAGACCAAGCCCACGGCGAGGCUGAAGCGGGAGUUCCUGAUUAUCGAGGCGCGCCACCGGCUGGUCUGCUCCCGACUGGGCGUCGAUUUGGAUCGCCGGUGGCACCUAGCUGUGCCGUGCCCGCCGGACCUGCUCCUCGGCAUGGGCGACGUCGACGAUCGUUUCGCGGCGAUCUUCUACGGCGCCCGGGCGAAGCACACGGACGGGAAAGCGCGCGUCGCGCAGAUCGAGCGCGAUUUCUUCGACCCGAAAGGGCCGGGGCCCGACAUCCUUCAGAAGGUCUACGGGCUCGAGGACGCGCUGACCGCCUGGCAAUACAGCGUGCUCCGGCGCCUCUGGAGGGUGGACACGGUCCUCUCCGAGCACGAGCUCGUCAUUGAGGCCGUCGUCCUGCGCCCCUUCGAACUUUAUUAUCGUUGGAAGGGCCGCCGCGAGAAAGCGGAGAUCAAGCGCUAUACGGGCCACGCGCGGUUCAAGCACGUGGGCUCGACCGUCCACGCCGCUUCCGUGAGAUUGCGAAACAUGGAGCGGAUGGGCGUCUUAUAG